AGCAACUCCAACUCCAUCUCACCAUUUCCCCACUCGCAAGACCUCCGUAAAUCCCCACUUUCCUUCUUCCGUCAACCCCCACUUCCUUCGCAGACAUCCACAAAAUGGCACCCACAGCGAUUUACGCUUCACCCGUUGUGACGAAUGACCAGCCAGUGAUCGCCGCUGUGCCUAUGAAGGGCCCCGCUCUCGCCAUAGGUUCCCCUGUGACAGCAGAGGAUGGGAAGUACCAGUCGCUCGUUAUUAGUCUCCAGGAGACAAGAUAUGUAGAAAGAUACAUGGUGGACAGGAUACUGGAUAGAGCUACGACGCUGACGCCCUCUAGCUUCUCUUCCGUAUAUGUUGCUUUGUCGCCAUCAGAGUAUGAUGCUCUGGCAUCCAGGUUGUCCGAACUAUUGGCGCAGUUGCUUGCGGCGCUGGAGCCCCUGGGAACGCUGCACAUUCUUCAUCUCUCCUCUGCCCUUCCCAGCCUUCCUUCCAACCUCAUCCUUGCCGGCUUCACAAUACUGUCUACCGCCGCACCGGAUGGGUCGCUUAUUGCACAAAAGCCUGCACAUUCUGCGAGUGUCUCCCUGCAGGGAGCUCCAAUCACAUCCCUCCCUCUCCGGCGGAAGACCGACAAAGCGUCUAAGAAAGCACUCUGGACGCUGCAUGCACCAUCUACGCCCACUAUCGAUGCGGAGAGUCUUCUGACGGAGGCCGACCGCCAGCGUCCAGCUACAUGUGAGCCUGUGUCCUCGGGAGCACCUCGGAAGAAGAAGGCCUGUAAGGGCUGCACGUGCGGGUUGGCGGAACUGGAGGCGGAGGAGCUGGCGAGGAGCAAGGUGGUGAUACUGGAUGGCUCUGAGAGCGGGCAGACAAUGGAGGUAUCUCAGAGCGAGAAGGAUCGGCUGAUCGCUGCAGCCGCUGCCACUCCCAAAGCAACCAGCAGUUGCGGAAAUUGUUACUUGGGGGAUGCAUUCCGUUGCUCAAGCUGUCCUUAUCGAGGGCUUCCUGCCUUCAAGCCGGGAGAGAAAGUCGAGCUUGAUUUCGGCAUGGAUGACAUUUGAUCGGGCCGUGUUAUUGACUACCACACUCUCAUCACCGCAAGCUUGCGC